CAUGGGUUCCCUCUACCAAGAUCCCAUGGCCGCUGUGCCCAUGAUUGUCAUGGAUGAAACCAUUGGCCUGCGCGUGGUGCCGGACAAGAUAAGCCUCAGCGAUCCAGUGAUGCUGCGCCAUGUGCUCUGCUGCAGCAUUCUGCUGCACAAUCUCUUCCAUGUGGUGCUGUGCUGCCGGCAGUUGCGGAAGUGUAACCGCGCCGAGGAGCCGCCGCGGCAGAUGCGGAAUGUAAUGUCAGCGGCGGCCUUUCAGGCGGCCAAGGACACGGAAAUGCACGCCGUGGAGCGGCAGCUGAUGGGCUACGUCUUCGAUGCGAUCUUCAGCUGCAUGGAGCUGUACUUUGGUGUCUUCCACGUGCUCUGGGACCGCACCAUGGCGCUGUACGGGAACGUGGGUGAGAUUGUGUGGCGCAACUUGGCCUACAUGGCGCUGUUUUCCACGUACAUGGUGCUGCGCACCCUGCCGCUGGUCUUCUAUGAGAAACUGGCGCUGGACAAUCGCUACAAUGUGGAUCCGGAGCAGGCGCCACCGCUGGUGGGUGUCAUCUGUGCCUUGGCCUUUGUCAUUGUCUUUGUCCAGGUGCUGCUCAUCCCGCUGACCGCCGUCUUUCUGUACAUUGAGAUCUAUGGGGGCUACUACUUCGUGUUUUGGAUUUGGGGCUUCCUCUUUGCCGUCUCGCUGCUGGGGCUACUCUUUUUUACGCUCUUCGGACUGCCCUGCCUGGGCAAGAGCAUCCAGCUGCCCGAAGGCUCGCUGAGAACUCAGCUGCUGGACGUCCUGGAGGAGUUUAAUUUCCCCGCCAAUCGUGUGACGCUCAUGCACACCUUUCACAUUGCCAAUGCCACGGCCUAUGUGUGGGGCUAUGGCUGCUGCAAGCGUCUUGUGAUCCUCGACAAUCUCAUACUGAAUCGCGCCAUGCCGCUGGAUGAACUGCUGCCCGAGGAGCUCAACAUGGGGCUGAGCGACAACCAGGUGGCCGCCUUUGUGGCCCAUCAACUCUCCCAUUGGCGGCACCAUCAUCUGCUCAAGGGUUUCAUUCUGAUUCACAUCAGCUUGAUCAUGUACAUGGCGCUCUUUGGCACCUGCUACCAUGUGUACGCGAUCUACGAGGCGGCGGGCUUCCCCACAAUUUAUCCCAUUAUCGUGGGCUAUUGGCUGGUGUACAAGUACGUGAUGCCGCCGUAUCUGACCGUCUCCAAUUGGAUCAUUUUCUACUUUAUACGCCACUCGGAGUACACGGCGGACAAUGAUACCUGGCAGCGGGGCUACGGCCGCUCGAUGCGGGAGGCUCUGCUCAAGCUAUUCGCCGAUCACUAUGUCUUCCCCUUCGAUGAUCACUGGUACCUCAUGUGGUACCGCACGCGGCCCUCCUGCCUGCAGCGUCUACGCAAUCUCCAGCGCCUCGAUCUGGGCACCAGACUCAGCAGAAUCGAGUUGAUUUGAUCCUUCCUGUGUUGCGAUUUCAAAUGCAU